UGUUGUUGCUGCAUUUUACCCAUCUUUUCCCGCUUCAUACCAUACAUCCCAUCCCCAGCCAGACAUGAACCCCUCCAAUCCCCAAACAAAAUUCUACUCAGACCUAUUCCGCGCGCAGCAGUCCCAAGCCCAAUUCAUCCCAAACUCAGGCAACUCAAACACCUACACCUAUGGCGCGACCCCCCUUCCUUCAUCUGCUGGCCAGAUGCCCAUGGUAAACAAUCCAGACCUCGCCAUGAUUGCGAGACAGGGGUAUCUUCAGCAGCAACAACGGCUUGCGCAGAUGGGUCAGAUGGGCGUCCCCAACAUGAUGCCUCCUCAAGGAGGAACGCCUCAACAGGGACAGCCCCCCGUUUAUAUGGGCAUCGCUCCGGAGAUGAGAGAAAAGCAAGCUAUGGAAGCUGCCGCUAGAGAAACCAUGUUGAGAGAAAAAGCUAUGAGGGACGCUGCAUUGCAUGAAGCAGCUAAGAAGAGGGCUCGAACCAAACCGACACCAGCGCAGCAAGCAAUUGCGCGCCAACCAGGCGCAUUCCAGCCACCAAUAUCAAACGAACAAUAUCUCAAAUCUGCCCUCACUGGCCCGCCUUCUGCUCCAUCAGCCGUGCCUGCCGCGUCCGUACCAGGACCAGCGGCCGAACCAAUAGAGCCAUGGGCCGACCCAUUGGAUGAGCUUGAUCCGCGUGAACUUGCCAUGGCAAGAUUCAGGAAAAGACACGAGGUCAUCAAUGAAGUGUUUGGACCGGAGACUGUGAAGGAAAUCGUUACAGCGGGUGAUUGGGAUUCUUGGGAAGAAAUGGAAGAAAAAAGGCUUCAACAACAGGUCGAGCAGCUUGAAAAAGAAGUAGAGGAGCUCGAGAAAACAAUGGAGGGCAAUAUUGAGGCGUUCAAAGAGAGGCUAGAAGAUAUCGAGUCCGGCGAGGUUGCUAGUAAUGCUUGAUUGUAUGACAAUGUAUAUAAUGUAUUUACAGGAA